UUUCUUCCACAUAAUAUUCUGUUUUUCUCUCUCAUUUACUAUCACUUUCCCUCUCUGUUCACUUGUUUCUUCUUGCCCCUGGUGUGUCAGUAAGUAAUCUGUUUCAUUUGAGGAAGGUGGGAAAGAGAGAGAACAAAUGGAGAGCAGCCAUUUAUUUCACUGCUAGUUAGUGAUUUGCUGAGCCGCUGGUUAGUUUAUUAGCUGUGUGGGUAAGUCAGCAGGAGCUUCAGUAUCAGAGGAGGAUUCACAUCUCACAGACCUCAAUCACAAACAUCAUGCACGCUGUGGUGAUGAGCAGAUAAGACGAACCCAACUACGCAAACACACUUAAACACACCAUGAGCCUUUCAGCAGUGCACUCCUCCUCCUCUCCCACUGAGGACCCAGUGACACCCCCACCCAUGACCACACCUCCUCGCAAAGCCUCAGUCCGUCUCCAGGAGAGGCGGGGCUCUAAUUUGUCUCUUCUUUUGGACGUGAACACUUUGGGGGUGGAGACUGUAUGUUCUGUGUCCACCCCAAAGGAGGUGUGGCUUCAGCUGCUUCACACCUCCUCGCGACCGCUCACGCACACGCUGCUGCAGGAAGCUGCCCUGGACACAAAUACCCUGAAUGUAGAGUACCAGAAGAUCCCUCCCAACUUUGUGAACGCUGCUGAGCUCGAUGUUCCGGGACACACGAUGAAAGACCGAUACAAAACCAUCCUCCCCAACCCUGAGAGCCGGGUGAUCCUCAGGAACCCAGACGAUGACCCGGGGCCCGAUCGCUACAUAAACGCCAACUACAUCAGGGGCUACAAAGGGGCUCCCAGGGCCUACAUCGCCACCCAGGGGCCGAUGGUGCACACAGUGGGAGACUUCUGGGACAUGGUGUGGCAGGAGAGGAGCAGCAUCAUCAUUAUGGUUACGAGACUGAAGGAGAACAAUGAGAAAUGUGAGGUGUACUGGCCACAACCGAGAGACAAGACGAAGAGGGUAAAGGAGGAGGACGAAGACCAGGAGGAGGAGGACGAGCGGAGGGAGGAGGAAAAAGAAGAGGAAGGAGAGACGAGUCGACACGGCAGAUUCCUUAUCAGAGUGAAGGACAGCCAAGAGAAGGACGGGUUCACGGUCACAGAUAUGGAGAUCGAGCUACGUUCAGAGCGCAGACACGUCAGACACUACUGGUUCACAUCUUGGCCCGACCAUCAUAUCCCUCAAUGCAUCGCUCCAUAUCUCAGGCUGGUGGAGGAGGUGGAGACGUACAGCGAGUCCCUCGUACCCACCAGCUCUCAGGAAGUCCCCGCCUCAGGCCCCGGACCAAUCAUCGUCCACUGCAGUGCAGGUAUUGGGAGGACGGGUUGUUUUAUAGCCAGCAGUAUUGGCUGUCAGCAGCUCAGAGAAACCGGCCAAGCUGACGUCCUGGAGACGGUUUGUCAGCUUCGACUCGACAGGGGCGGUAUGAUCCAGACUACAGAGCAGUACCAGUUCUUGUACUCCACGCUGGCCCAGUACAGCUCCCAGCUGCAGCAGCAGAACCAGAACCAGAACCAGCCGGCCUCACUGCCUCAGAGCCAGCAGAACCCAGAGGAGCAGGUCAGCAUACAGCUGCAGAACCUCGAGCUAGACAGCAAACAGAACAGGAAGAACUCAUAGAACCUGGAUAACCACAAGUGUCUUCAGAGAAGUCCACGAGAACCCAGCAGCAGAACUUAAAGAACUGAGGCACCAGCAGGUGGACAACUGGGGGGACCAGCAGGACCUCACAGGAGCCCCAGAGGAGCCCCAGAGGAGCUGGUGUUUUGCUCCAAUUUGACUGAACAAGUAGAGAAUGCGAUUAAUUAGAACAUCAAAAGCACCAUGUUCAUGAUAGACUAAUUAAAUAAAAUAAGACGGGAAUAUU